AUGUCGUCGUUGAAUGCUCAGUAUUUGGCGUAUCUAAUCAAGUAUCCGUUAUUAACAAAGUCGAUCACCAGUGGAGUCUUUUCUGGGUUGAACGAGACUGUUGCGUCGGUGUUGACCAACGAGUUUCAGGAAACGAAAAUUGCAGGUAUCAAGAUCAAACAUGUGUUUACCCAGAAAUUGUUGACAAUGAUUAUUUAUGGGAGUUGUAUUGCCACUCCAAUUAGUCACUACAUGUACUUUAUCAUUAAUAAUAAGAUAUUUAAAGGCCCAUUGACAAAGUCCGGAAAGAUCUUACAGAUCUUGACGUCUUUGAGUACGGUCACACCGACCCUUGCUGCGUGUUUUGUAUCAUGGAUUGCGUUGAUCAAUAAUUACAAGUUACCCAAAGGUUCCAUCAACCCAAUUGCUGAACUCAACAAGAUUGUGGCUAUAGUGCGUGCUGGGUUAAAGAAAGGGUACUUCGGAGUUUUGAAAAGUUCGUUAGUGACUUCUAGUGUGGCCCUUGUCAUUGCACAGAAAUUUGUACCGCCAGAACUUUGGGUGGUAUUUUUCAAUGUGGUAUACUUUUUCUUGGGCACUUACCAAAACACGAAGUUGAAAAGAUUACAGAAGCAACAACGAUUAGCAAAGUAG